GCAGUACGUGAGGGAUGCUGUGGUGGGCAGCAUGGGGCUGAAGCCAACGGGCAGGCUCUGCAGUGUCACCAAGGCCCGGGGGCUGCGGGCCUGCAGAGGGAAGUUAAGAGACACCAUUCUGGACUGGGAGGACUCCCUGCCCGACCGGGACCUCACGCUGGCAGACGAAGCCUGCAGGAAAGCUGAUCUCUCUGUCACCCUGGGGACCUCGCUGCAGAUCAAACCCAGUGGCAACCUCCCGCUGAUCACCAAGAAGAGAGGAGGGAAGCUGGUCAUAGUCAACCUGCAGGCAACCAAACACGACCGCCAGGCCGACCUGCGCAUCCACGCCUACGUCGACGACGUCAUGACGAAGCUGAUGAAGCUCUUGGGGCUGGAGGUCCCGGAGUGGACGGGGCCCGUGGUGGUGGAACACGCCGAGCUGGCCAAGCCCGAGCAGCAAUUCAGACUGGACGUGGGGGGUCACGGGCCACGGAAGGAGGAGCCCCUGCCCCGGCACAACGGCACCGCCCCGCUGAAGCAGGAGUGUCCCAGCCCGGACACGGGGCCGGGCAGGGUGAAGAAGAUGAAG